AUGAAGGUUCAUAAAUUGAAAAGGGUGUCGUGUUUAGAACUUGCUGGUCAAGACGUUCGCGAUUCAAUCGAGAAAAUUGCAAAUCAAAAGGGAUUUAUUUUUAAAGAAUUUAAUGAAAGAUUAAUUCUUGAUGAAAUAAAAGAAAAUAUGUGUUACAUUGCUCAAGACUUUGAAAAAAAGGAAAAAGAAGCAAACAAACUCGAGAAGAUUUAUAAACUUCUUGAUAAAAAAGAAAUCAAGCUUGGUGCCGAAAGAUUUGAAUAUACUGAACAAUUAUUCAAUCCAAAUAAAUAUGGAAAAGAUAUGAAUGGUAUUGCUAUUCAAGUUAAUGAUUCUUUAAUGCAAAUUGAACCAAAUCUAAAAACUGAAUUGUACCGAAAUAUUGUGUUGGCUGGUGGAAGCACAAUGAUGACUGGCUUUGUUGAAAGAUUUAACACCGAAUUUACAAAAUUUGCACCAGAAUCUAUGAAGUUAAUUUUAACUGCACCACCCAAUGGAGAUAUUGCUGUAUAUAUGGGUGGCAAAAUCUUUGCAAGUUUGUCAACUUUUAAAUCUGCUUGUGUGUCAUUUAAAGAUUAUGAUGAAUGUGGACCAGAUAUCACAGAGUUUGCCCAUAAAACAUUUCUGCUUUUUAUUUUGAUUAAAAUUGUAUUCAUCAAUUUGUGUUAUUGCACUAUCUCAUAA